CUCAUACUCUUUAUCAAUUCGAUGCGCAAUCUUGAUGAUUUUUUGAAUUCUACAUUAAGUGGUGUACCCCUUGAUUCGUUUCCUUAUUUACGCAAAAUUGUAAAACCAUGCCAUGCACGACAAACUCAGAAGGCACAGUCAUCUACUACAUUUAAUGUGGAUGGUUACACAUUAAAAUUUUAUGAGCCAGCCAGCAUUAACAGUGUUUCUUUGAAGAUGACGCUCACGACCGAGGCCCUUAGUAGCGAUGCCAUUGUCACACCCGGGUUAGAAACUACUUUGAAAGAGCACGUUAUCACGGACACACAUGACUUCAAUUUUAUUUUGAAAGAGGCGAUAUCAGAGCCACCAUUAUUUAUUUUAACCAAUUACAAUGAAGAUUACGGCGAAAAUUUUAGUCUUUAUCAUCGUGUGGGGUUUCUUGAGAGUGAUAUUUCGGAUCUCAAAAUCAAUCCUGUGGGUAAGGCUAAUACAGACAAGAAAGGAAAGUCUGAAGAUGCCCAUUUCAGCGCCUUUACACAAUGUAUUGGGUUAGCCGAGGAAGAAGAUAAUGAGUAUUACUAUUAUCAUUAUCACCUCCAACAAGGCAGCAGUGGCCAAGUAUUUUCACUCGAAGCAUUAGCACUUCCCUCCCUUUUUAAAGAGCUAGCCUUAGGUCCAGACCACACUUCGGGAACAGAAAAGGUUGCUUACGAACACAAAGGCUAUGGCAAGAGAGGCAACACAUCCUACUUGCCGCGAAAUAAUGGGUUAGUGUCCCAUUAUGCUCGCGCACUCCAGCACAUGGAGCCGAUGUGGAUGCCAGCUCUAGGGGAGCAAGAAGGCCAACAAAUGGCGAGACUUUCCGACUCUUCAACACUUUCACUGGAACGACAGAACAAAGCAGCCUUAUGGACUAUAGAAACGAUGCUUUGUGACUAA